AUGAUAAAAAAGAACACAAAAGAUUUGGCGCCAAUAGCGCUUCCACAUGGACCACCUGUGGAAUGCACUUCAGAAUAUUAUAAAUCGCUUAUGGAAAGCGCGCGCAUGGUCAAAAAAUAUCCAGUAUGGGAUGUCGCUCGACCCACGCCUCAAGUCCUGAUGGAACAGGCUCGAAGGGACCUUAUGGAGGCCGACGAAAAACUAGCCCAUAAGCGUGAAGAAGAGAGAAUUAACAGAAAGGCCAUGGACGCCAAGUGGAGCGACCUUCGAGAAAAGGAGAUGUUGUUGAAGGAAUCGUUUAUUAGUUUUAACAAGUUCAUAAGAGAAAACCAAGAAAAGCGUGAGCGUGCUGAAAGAAAAAUGGAAGCUGACCUUGAGGUUCUUGAACGAAAGACCAAAGAAACUGAGGUCAUGAAGGAGAGGGUAGAAGAGAUGGAGGAGGUCAGGGACCUUAUGGAGAAGCAAGUUAAGGCUUACACGGUUUACGAGGAUUACCUCAUGUCUGUGGUUCAAAGCUAUCCUGAAUUUAAACAGCCACUAGACGUUCUAAACAGAUAUGAAGCACUUGCUGCCGCUAAAAGCACGUUGGCAGAUCGUCAAGAGCGAGACCUGGAGAUGCUAGAAAGUGCUCGACAAGAGAUUGCAGCGCUGACAGAAGAGAAAAAACUCUUCAUAAUGGGACUCAACAACAAGCUUGCUGAUUUGAGGUGGAAAUAUGACCAAGUCCGAAACCGCGUCCUAAAAUGGGAGCUAGCCCUCAAUCGUCUGAAAGAAACUGCCGCCCAGCGUCACGUGGAAUUAUGUCACGUGCGUGACGCCAUCUGGGGUCUCUACGUGAAAAUUAGCAAACAGAAGGGCCUACCGUUGGACGUGUCACCGACGGACUUCGAGCAGCAGCUGGUGGUCGUGAUGAGAGCCUUGCUGGAACUGAAGAGAAUCUAUAGGAUUGCGCAGCGCCGAUCGAAGGAGAAAGACGUCGAAUCGAUGCAAACCUCUUAA